AUGGAAGCUAAGCAAAAGAAGCAAAAGACUCAUUUGAUAGUACUCAAGAGUUUUCAGAAAAGUCUAGGCACAUUUCUAAAGGAAACUGGACUACAUGGACUCAAAUUUGUUGGCGAUGCGACCCUAAGCAUUUGGGAAAGAUCUUUCUUUUUAAUUGCCUUUGUGGCUGCAUUUAUACUGACUUUCCAAUUGAUAUCGAACAUAUAUGAGAAGUGGAAUAGCACCCCAGUUAUCAUAGGAAUCAGUCCGCAUGCUACUUCUAUUCUAAAGGUGCCCUUUCCUGCCAUUACCAUAUGCAAUAUGAACAAUGUUCAGCGGAGCAAAGUGGCUCAUUAUAAGGAGGGAUCGCAGGAGAGUGAUCUGUUGAAAGUUCUCUGCAGUGACGAGUCAGUAAACGAUGAAGAAUCUGACGAUGCUGAAACCAUUUCCUUCUUUUCAUCAUUGGCCAACAAUAGCUUAAAAAUCUCCGACUUUGUUAUGAAUCAUUCCCAGACUUGUGAUCAGAUGUUGCGAUUCUGUAGAUUCAGUGGCAUUGAAUAUGAAUGCGACAAUUUAUUUCGACAUAUAGUUACGGAUGAAGGACUGUGCUGUGUGUUUAAUUUUCACCCACCUGAACGAUUAUAUAAACGCCAUGGCCGAAACUUAACCUCAAAACUUGGCGUUGAGUCUGUGUCAUGGGAUCCUGAAGCUGGUUAUUCCAAUCAGUUACCAAGCAGGUAUUAUCCACGUCCUGCUGUCGGCUCCGGUAUAACAAUGGGUUUUAGUGUUGUUCUUGAUGCGCAGUUGAAUGAAUACUACUGUUCCUCAACGAAUGGACCCGGAUUUAAGCUCUUAUUUCAUAAUCCUAUAUCAACGCCUGAUAUGAAAGAUGAAGGACUCGUCGUUGGCAUUGGCUACGAAAUGAACUUUCGCCUGGAAGCCAGUAGGUCAGAGGCCAUGCCCAGCAUUCGUUCAAUAUCCAUCAACAAUCGACAGUGCGUUUUUAUGGACGAGAAGAAGCUGCUCUAUCACAAGCAUUACUCUCACCGAAACUGUGAGAACGAAUGCUAUGCCAAGUUCCUGUACGAAUCUUGUGCCUGCAUUCCCCACAAAUAUCCCCAUGUUUAUCAAAAUGCCAGUAUUUGCACUGUGGGUGACACGAUCUGUAUUCGUCGAGCAAGUCGCCGAGCGAAUGCAAAUAAAUCGUUGAAAUGCAGUAAACAAUGUCUGCCGAGCUGCUUUGAUUUGUCCUACUUGGCGGAUGCGUUAUAUUUCCCUUUGGCCAAACGAGAUUUCCGGAUUGCAAAUGCCCUCGUGGCAAAUAUAAAUAAAUCCUAUCUGCUAGACAACAUUGCUGUCGUGAACUUGUACUACAGAGAAUCAGCCUAUUAUGGGAGCAUGAAGAAUGUCUAUAUCGGCCUGACCGAGUUCUUGUCAAACAUUGGUGGUGUUAUGGGCCUCUUUAUGGGAUUUAGCGUAAUCUCCCUAGCGGAAAUGUUUUAUUUCUUGGUCUUGAAACCAAUAUCCGAAUUUAUAGCAUGGAAACGAGGCAAACUGAUUGAAACCAAUCAGAAUUCCAUUAAAGUGGAUGCAGGCCAGGAGUUUUCGAAACAUAACAAUAGCAUCUGGCAUAUUAGAGAACUUUAUCCCAAGGGAAUCAAAUCAACUACCAUCGAUAUUAACGGUUAUUCAGAAAAAGAGGUUUUCAAUCCCAGAAAGGGGAAAAUUAUCAAAGCUUUCAAGUAAAUUGAAUGUUAAAUUAAACAUGUGUAUUUGUGAACUACGGUCCUAGAACCUGCUGCAUUAUUGUAAUCUGAAUAUUACGUUUUUGGGUCAACGAAAUGGGUCAACU